CUGGUGCCGACGCGCGAUUCACUAGUUCGGGCUAGGAGGUGAUAUAAAGGCGUACAGAGGUCUGAAUCGAUCUGAUUUGUCCGUAACAUCAACUGAGCGACCAACCUGAUAGCGGAAAAUCCGUCGCUGCCACACCACAUUUUACCAUCAUGGUGGUGUGGGCGGUGCUGAUAUUGGCAGCGGUCGCGUUGACCAACGCAGCGGUACCAGAUCCACCGGAAAAUUCUGGCAUCACCACAAUCGGCUCCAAAAAAUUGGCGACUGCCGCCGACUGUGCCGGACUUGUCGCCUUCUCUGCCACCCAAGGAUCGGUAAAUGAAGCUAAGCUCAUCCUCGCCGAGACGCUAGUGGACAAAGGGGUCGGUUACGCGGCGCAGACAGGUAUUUUCACCACGCAUUGUCCAGGCCUCUACCAAUUCAGCUUCGCCGGAUACGGUAGCACGGAUCUGCGGCUGACACUGAAACGCAAGCUAAAUAAAUCCGACAGUUGGAGACCGAUUAUCAGCGCUGGGCCAGGCGGAGGAAGCAACCUGGUCCUAUUGGACGUCGAAGCCGGCGAUCAACUUGCCGUCUUCGUCGAAUCCGGGAAGAUAACCGACGGAGCCAGCUUCACGGGUCACCGUGUUUAUAAAAGAUAAGCUGGAUCAUUGAACAACAAUCUUGGACAAAUUCAGGAUACCGAUUACAUUACUAGAGAAACAAAAUUGAUAUGUUGUUAUAAACUAAAACUCAGUCUAAAAAGAUACUUGAUAUAUCAAAGUUGAAAAUAUUUAACCCAAAAUUUUGAAUUAUCAUUUCCAGUUUCAAAAAGAUACGUUUAACAAGAAAAAAAAUUAUUAAAAAUUCGUUAUGAA